AAAAAAACCUUCACCCAAUCAAACCCACAAUCUACAGCAAUUUUCAGCAGCAACACAAAGCAAUUGAAUCCCACGCGCCGCCGCAGUUAACCGUUCUCCGUCAAUAACACCGUCAGCUCAACAAACGAAUGGAAGAGUAAAGCAAACAGAGUAAAAAAGUAAAGCCUUUAAAUGGCUGCAUCUUCGCCUGCCCUAAGUAAUCACAGCGCCGACAGCGCUCCGUCACCGUCACCGUCACCAGCACCAGCACCGUCCGUUUCAACCGCAAACGCUACCGUUUUGUCGAGCCUUCCGACGACUACAAACGCGUCGAAAAAUCUACGAGGGCUUAAUAAACCUAAGUGUAUAAAGUGCGGCAAUGUUGCUCGCUCAAGGUGUCCAUUCCAGUCAUGCAAAAACUGCUGUGCCAAAGCGCAAAAUCCCUGUCAUAUACAUGUUUUAAAAGGUGGUUCAACUCUUCCAGAAAAGAUUGCAUCUUCCGGGUCUCCUGUGGUAGAUCAGCAGUCCACUGAAGCACCUCACUCUGGGAGCUCGCACAGAGCUACUUCACUUCGUCAACUCUCCUCCAAUUUUGCACAGUUCAAUAAUUUGCAGACCCCAAUAAGGUCGAGGAAACCACUGACCAGAAAGGACGCCCAGCUCAUAAACGAAUGGAGGUUUAUGAAGUUAAAGGAAUACAGGGACAGCAACAUUGCAGCUGAAAAUGAAGCUUUUGAUCGGUACAUGCAGAAUGUUGGUCUCCUGGAGGAGGUGUUUGCAGUGAAUUCUGCUGAGGAUGAUCAGAAUGAGGAUGAGAAGAAUGAGGGUGGUUCAACAGAAGAUGAUAAUGAGGCAAUGAUAAACCGGUUGAAAUUACAGCUUAGAUCAGAUCCAGCUAGAGCUGAGAAUACCAGGAAGAGGAUGCAAUAUAUUGUAGAUCAGGGAUUAAGGAAGCUGAGGAAGUUGGAGUCAGGUGACAAUGCUACUGACCUUAGCGAUCUAGAUGCACUUGGCAAAAAGAAAAAGGCCAAGACCGCUGAAGCUGAGCAUGUUGCAGCAUUCACUGAUCUUAUUGAUAAGUUGAAUAAAGCUCGAAAUGAGGAAGACCUGAAAGCUUGCUUGGAGAUGAAGUCCAAACUGUUUAACCAACCUAAAAAAGAAAAGCAAGCAGAGUCUGAUGACACAGAGGCAUUUAUUGAGCAGAGUUCAAAAGCUAGUGCUGUCCCGCCAACAAUGCCAUCGGGUAAUUCUCCACCGAAGUGGUUUAGCACAGCUACCGUUGAUGAUGAAGAACUUCGUCGACUUAAUGCAGAGUUUGAUUCACUUGAGGAUAUAGAAGAACUGUAACUUAAUACAAUCUUUAGGUGUCGGGUUGUAGCGUGUAGUCUAUUAGUUAGAGGCCCAAUUUCGCGGUCUGAUCUUUAUGUUUCUGAAUCGAAUCUACUAACCUUUCAUGUUGUUAUAUAGUGACUAGUGAGUGAAUGAUAAGUUAUAGUGCCUGUUGCCCAGCUAAUGGAGGCCCAUUUAAUGGCAUUGUAAGGGGAAUCAGUCUUUACAACCUAUUUGAUUGGUUUUCGUCAAAGUUUUAGGCGGCCGUUUAUUU